ACGGCCGCCCCUGGAGUGCUGGGCCUGAGGCAGGAGGACGCCCCGCCCCCUCAUGACGUCACCAAGGAAUCCGGAAGAAAAGGAAAUGUUUCUCAUUGAGCCAGUCUCUACUUGCCUUUCCGCUACUGUUCACUAUAUGGUUUGUGAAGCUGGCUUUGAAAUAAAAGAGAACCAUGUCAUUAAUAGCAUUUUACCUGACAGCGGUGAGAUAUGUUGGAGAGCAAUCACAGAACACAUACAAUAUGCAGACUCAGGUCAAACUUUGGAUUACACAAACAGUGUGAGGUCUUUAGGUCCCAUAUGUGAAUGUGUUCACUUGCAUUUACAAUCCCUUACCAUAGAACAAUUGGAAGACCGGUUUAUGUUAUGGUUCCAGUGGACAAACUGCUCAGAGAUAUUUCUUGAAAUGCUUCAUACCAUAAAGGAUCCAGAUGCUACAGCCAUUGCCCUGAGCUUAAUGAAGCUAACAUCAUGCUUGGAGCGAGCCUUGGGUGAUGUAUUCUUAUUAAUAGGGAAAGAAUGUCCUUUUCUUCUGAGAGAUUUGCUUGCAUCUCAGGAACUUGCUACAGUCUUUGGGCAGUCAGUGAUGGAUGUUCUGAGAGUAUUCAUUGGAUCUCCAGAUGGUCUAAAUCUCCGCAAUAUUUUGUGGCAUGGGUUUGCAUCACCACAAGAAAUCCCUGUAAAAUAUUUCUAUAUGCUGCUUUUUUUAACAGCAGGAUUGGGACAAUUGUUAAGAAAUUACCUUCUGCAAAGUCUAACUACUUUAGUUCAUCGACCAUAUGUUAUUUUUACUGGCUUAGAAGAGUUGCAUAUUUUUCCAGAUGUUAAUCAAGAAUUGUUGUCAUUGGCAGAAGAAUUGGUCAUGAAAUCAAGUAUUGUGUUGAGAAGCAUGGUUCCUUUUUGGGUUACUGCCUUGACAUCAUUUAGACAAUCCAGGUUUGCCGACUGUGUCAUAUUGUUACUUCCUCAGCUGGAAAGUGGACUCCGAUUGCUUUUCACAACUGUUAAUAAAUGUCCAAGCAGAUUAAUGACAGCUGAGUCAUCUUCUUUAUAUACAACUUUUGAUGAGAUGUUGUCAAAACAAUUAAACAGUGAAGAAACCAAUCAACUUCCUCUACUACUUGGUGAACCGACAAUGGAAUUUCUUUGGGAUUUCUUGAAUCACCAAGAAGGUCCUCGUGUUAGAGAUCAUCUGAGCCACGGAGAGAACAGUUUAAAGAACUUUCCAAGAGAAAUAGCAAAUUCUAUUCUUGCAUUUUCUAUCACACUUUUGUGCAGGUUUUCUAAUGGCGAAAUUGAACCCAUCAAGAACCACACAUUACUGGAACCACUCAUGAACUGUGGAAGUCACUAUUGUUCCAAGUUUCAUCCGGCAACCCAACUCAAAAAACAGAUACUAAAUUGCAUAAGAAGCAUAAAUACAUGGACUGAUCUUCCUGCAGUGUCUGAAGAGCAAGUUCAGGAAAUUGCAGGAAACAAGCGUUUCCAGUCUGUAGAUGUGUUGGACCGCCUCUCACAACCUCACCUACCAAAAUGGUCGAGAAAAGAUGAUGUUGAUUUUCCUUGUACUUCAGUGAUUGCUGAUAUUUUCUCCCAACUGCAGCCCUACUUACCUCAGAAUUUAAGACCUUUUGUUGAUCCUGUGAACAGCUUGCUAACAGAAAAAUUACUGACUGAACUCUGUGGCAAGCAUAUCCCUGUCCUUUUCUGCCCACGAACGGUUCUGGAAAUCAUUGUAGUGCUUCGUCAAAUAAGUACCCAGUGCCACCAGGUCUCAUGUCAAGUCAUUUCUACAUGUGAAGCGAGACAUAAGCAAUGGAUAAACAAGUCACUGCGAUCACGCCAGCGGAACAACUAUCUGUGCAUGAGAAGAAAUAUUGGAUUUCUGUCUCCUGUGUUACAGCUCAUUUUAAUCUUGAUUACUCUGGAAUUAAUCAGUAUCUAUGCGGCUUGUGAAAAAAAUGUUUCAGACUAUCAACAAUACCUAAAAGUGAAAUUUUGAAGAACCACCAUUAACAACUAAUUGAGAAGUUAUGUGAGAACAUAGUAUUUUCCCCUCCAGAGGUCAGUAAAACAUUAACUGUCCUCUUCACAGUCUUCCAAAUUCACAGUGAUUUUUUUUUUAACUUUGUGUAUAGGGCAUACAUCUUGAAAUCAUACAUCCAGUUGUUACAUUCUAUUCUUCAGAAACUUCUGACAGCUAUAGUGCAAGGCCACACAUAAGAUCAACUGAAAUCCAAACAAGCAACACACUGGACAUUUAAAGAGAGUGGGGUCUGUGUAUUUUAACAAGACUUGUUCUACAUGGUAAUUGUGUGAUGUGUGUGCUCUUGCAUGAGAAUGAAAUGUUUGAAGGCAAUUAAUGUGGAUGAUAGAAGGAUCCUUCUAAAUGAGGCUUUUCUUCUUCACUCAGCCUGCUUCCUUAGAUUAAUUUUAUAAAAAAUGCCAAAUGAAUUAUAGAACAAAUCCAUCUUUAACUCCCUCUAGGGACUUCAUCACAUGGGGGACUCCCUCCCAGUAUUGUUUCACCAGCCUCCGUGGUGAAACGGCAGGGAUGAGGGGCAACUUGGUCACCCUGUGCGAUGCUUCCCUCAUCACAUGGAGGAAGCAGGAUCCUGUGUUUUGAGGGAAGCUUCCUAGGUUGUGGGCAGGACCUCUGUUGUGUGAUGGGCAACGUGCCCAUCUGCCACUGGACUGGCAGGAAUGUGCCCUUGGAGGCUAAAAAAGUGCCAUGUGAUGAAGUGGUAAAAGCCAAAUAACUUAAGGUUAUAGUUUUCACACAUCAUGAGAUGACAUGGUCCACUGGAAAAGACUAUUUUCAUUAGGAAACCGAAAGGCAAUGUAGCAGUGGGGAAAAAGAAAGAGCACAUUUAGAUUGACAGUUAAGGAAACCAUAGCUCUAAAGUUAAAAAGCCUGAGCAAGGCAAUUGAUAAUAGAGGUCCUUGAAAGCCUCUUAUUCAUAGGGUCACCAUAAGUUGAAGUCAUCAGCAAAUCACCACCAAAUGAUGGCAUCUUCUAGUAGUUGCACCCAUCCUGUGUUUUGUCACUGUCUCUUCUAUCUCUCUUCCUCCAAGUACUAGAAACUCCUAAAACAACUAAAGUAUCAGCCACUGGAAUAGGCAACAGUUCCUUUGAGAUGAAGAAUAUACAGGAAUGGUUGGAGGCUUCCAUGUUUUGGGUUUUAGCCCAAAAGCUAAAUGAGCAUCCAAGCUGCUGUGCCGUUCCUGAAAUGGGUUCAGUGUUUUGGAUAGCAUCUUUAAAAUAUAAUUAAAACUCAGAGCAGAUAAAUUAUCCUAUUGAUAUAUGUGAACUAUCAGCUAAAACAUUAGUAUUUCAAAACUCCUUGUUAAGGCAAGAUAACCUUAAUGAGGACAAUGGCCACUGAGGGCUCCCAUAUCAUUGGGGCAAUGAAGCCAUUCCAGAUUUUGGCUAGAUUUAAAGGUAGUGCUUGACCCAACUAAGAAUAAUGUUCAGAACCCCAGAAAACUCCUAGAAAGCCUGGACUGAAACCUAGAGCGGAUUCCCUGCACCAUGGAAAUGUAAACCAGUAACAACAACUGCAUCAGGAAGCAUUUGGAGGGGUUUGAACAUCCUAGGAUUGUAAGACAAAGGUGUGAGAUUCUGAACAUUUGGUCUCUAUCAGUAACUUUAUCUGUUCCCUCGUCUGCCAUCCAUCCACUCUCCCAUCCUACUGCUUUUGGAUGCAGAGUUAAAAUAUGCCAUUCAUGUCGUUUAAAUAUAUAUGUGCUCCUCAAAGAGAUACAAGCAAAUAAAAGAUAACAAUAAAUGUCCUUGGAAUUGCCAA